AUGCGACACCCAAAGCGCCAGUCAUGGUCUUGUGCCGGUUUCUGCCUUGUCUUUCUUUUCUUCAACAUUCUCACCAGCCCGGCAUUUGCACUUCCUGCGACGCCGUCUGCCUCUAUUCCAGCGUCUGCCACACCUCCAGCAUCUUCAGAAUCUUCAGAAUCUCCCCUGCAGACGCUGCUCGCGCCUUCACGGAACAGACCUUGUUCAGUUGUGUCAGCACCGUCGCCGGGCCUCGGCAGCGAGACCCCACAAGCCACCGAAAGCGCCGCUCCAGGUGCCUCGACAGCGACCUCGACAGCGCCUGAGAGGAUCCCGCAGCAUUAUUUGAUCCAGCUUCAAGACCAAGACGCAGACGCAGGCAUCGACCCCGAGUCGGCGGCUGCGUCUCCUCCUCCUCCUCCCUACAAGCCCAUCGUCACGCCGCCGCCAGACCAAGACGCACAGCUGGCCAAGAUGGGCUACAGCAUGACGACGUUUUACACCUGCGACACCAUCGGCGGCCAGGAACACUGCGGGUGGCACGUGCCUGUGCUCAAGGCGGAUGGACCGACGACGAGGACCGACGUUCGCGUGGUGCUGGCUGUGGUGAGCUGUCUGGCCGGGAUACUGGCCUGGGGAUUGGUGUGAAGGAGGUUUUGGAUGAAGAUGGGGGGAGAGAAAGCGGAAGAAGGUUGGAUUUGAAUCAUCUCACGGCAGUAACUUUGGGAAAUGGGGGAACACACACACACACACAAAAAAAACUUGGGAAAAUACUUGGUACCUGUUGUUUUGCUGUAACCGGAUGUAUGGUAACGGAUGGCUUGCUGGAAAUGAUUCCUUUUUGGGAGGGAUGGAGGGAGGGAUGGCUGGUUGGCUUGUGCUUUAUUGCUUUAUUUUAGGCUGUUGAUGAUAUCAUUGCUGGGACGGGUCGUGGAUGAGUUUAUUUUAUGAGCUGGGCGUUGGGACGGAUUAUACCUUUGAGAAUGGCUUCAUGUAUUUCUUUUGUUUUACUCGCUAUUUACUGUCAUCACUAGGUUAGACUGAUACAAUCAAUUUUUCACAGCG